GAGAGGGUGCAUAAAAAACUACAUAUAUGAAAUUUAGAAUGCGAAACCUAAGUCACGAGAAAUGGCAGAGAAGUUGGGAGGUUCUACAAAACUCGUGGUUUUGGCUGACCUAAACGUUGAUCCUCCAGAAACCGACGACGACGACUCUUCACUUCUUCCUCCUCCACCCACUGAAGUUUCCAGGUCGAUAAUUGAUGAAAACAGUCAAGAUAAGAGUUUGUUGUCCAAAGACACCGAUAGCAUUGAAGGCGAAGGUAAAAAGUUGAACAAACUGGGGAAAUGCCGUUCCAAACCUAGCAAGACAGACUCUUCUAUUGAUUGUGGAGCUGAUGCAGAUGGUGAUCAACAUGUCCAAGGGACUCCUUCAUCUCGGGAGGAAAAAGUUAGCAGCAUGAAGACUGGCUUGGUUCAUGUUGCAAGGAAGAUGCCCAAAAAUGCCCAUGCUCAUUUUAUACUUGGCUUGAUGUACCAAAGAUUAAACCAACCUCAAAAGGCUAUAUUGGCUUAUGAGAAGGCAGAAGAGAUAUUACUCAGGCCUGAGGCUGAGAUUGAUAGGCCAGAGUUCCUUUCUUUAGUUCAGAUUCACCAUGCACAGUGCCUGAUAAUAGAAAGUUCAUCAGAAAAUAAUUCAGACAAAGAACUUGAACCUCAUGAACUUGAGGAAAUUCUUUCUAAACUGAAAGAAUCAAUACAAUCAGAUAUCAGACAGGCAGCUGUAUGGAAUACGCUGGGUUUUAUCCUUCUUAAAACUGGUCGUGUGCAGGUAUAAGUACUGUGUUUUCUCUUUUCCAUACACUUUAAAGUUCUCAAGGCAUAUACGAUGUUUCAGUUUC